CUUUGCGCGCCACGUCCGCAGACGCCAUUGCUGAACGUGGAAUCGUAGCAGACGCACACAGAAGUUCAAGAUGAAUAUUUUCAGGCUUAUUGGGGACAUGUCCCAUCUUUUGGCAAUAAUUUUAUUGUUGCUGAAGAUGUGGAAAACCAGAUCUUGUGCAGGCAUCUCUGGCAAGUCACAAGUUCUGUUUGCCCUAGUAUUCCUGACACGCUACUUGGAUCUGUUUACUACAUUUAUUUCUCCCUACAACACCAUCAUGAAGAUGUUCUUUAUUGCUUCUUCGCUCUUCACUGUGUACCUUAUGUUUGUGAAAUUUAAGGCCACUUAUGAUGCCAACCAUGACACUUUCCGCAUAGAGUUUCUGGUGGUGCCUGUUGGAGGUCUUGCAUUUCUUGUCAACCAUGAGUUUAGUCCAUUGGAGAUUUUGUGGACAUUUUCCAUCUACCUGGAAUCAGUUGCCAUUCUGCCCCAGCUGUUCAUGGUCAGCAAAACAGGUGAAGCAGAGACCAUCACCUCUCACUACCUGUUUGCCCUUGGCUCCUACCGCGCUUUGUACAUUCUCAACUGGGUCUACCGUUACUACUUUGAGGGCUUUUUCGACUUGAUAGCUGUGGUGGCAGGAUGCGUUCAAACAAUUCUCUACUGUGACUUUUUCUACCUCUACAUCACAAAGGUCUUGAAAGGCAAAAAACUGAGCUUACCAGCCUAACGGGUCAGUGAAUGGCUAGGCACCAAUUUCUGGAUGGAUGAGGGUUUCAGUCAGAAACUGCUGCAGUGUUUGCAUGCUUCCAGACUCUGCAGUUGCAGAACUUUUGUGAGACUUUUGGUGAGAGGAACAGACACUGUGGCACUGGUGUUUGUAAAGUGUGGAAUGCUUGUCAACUAUACAUUUGUAUGUAAGGGGUAGGGAACACCUUUGAAUGAGUUUUUCUAUUAAUAUUGUCAUCAACUUGCUUUUCUUUUGCUGUCUGUUGUAGACCCCCUUCUGACUCCUUUUUUUCCCCCACCCCCUCCAAUCAUGAGUUGGUGUUUAUAUUUCCUUUCAGUAUUGCAGAAUAUUAUUAAAGACAAUUUUUUUACCUGUCACUCACUGCACAUAAAUGACAUUCUCAGUAGCAAGCAUGAGUAACAUUCAGUAAUACUUUGUGGGUCACUUUGUAACAAGCAUCCAUUCACCUUGCUUUCACCUGUAGUCUUUUGAGUGUCAUAGAAUCCAAGAAACUUGAUAACAGCACUGCUAACCUGUACUCUUAUGAAACCUACGUUUUCAUUUUUCUUUCACAAGUAGAAAUCUGAAUCAAUCAAUGGUAUUAUUUUGUUUAGGGCCACAUUUUAUUGCCAAGCUAUUUAAAUUAACGGGGCCCAAUCUGCAGCAGCAAGAGUCAUUGACCUGGAUACCAAGAUUUGUUCAAAUUUGUUAACAGGAUCUCCAGUGUAAAACAGAUUAAAAUUUUAUGUCAACAAGUAGCAGAUUUAGAGUGUUUGUCAAACUUGUCAAAAGAUGUCUCCCUAUCAGACCACAUCGCAGGCUUUUGAAACUCUGGCAGUUUUCUGAUCUCACACGAUAAAUAAACAGCUCCUGUUCCUGGUAAUCUCUUCUUUAGCUGCUUCUGUUAAUAAUAAACAAGAUCAUGCUAACUAGCAAAAGGCAGUUUGUCAGAUUUACAGCACAGUAUGCGUCCUACUGAGUACUAGCUAUUUGGCAUUGCUUUUGCUACAGUGGCCAUUUAAUUGUUAAUCAUUUCUCACCAUUUGAAAACAAAACAAAAAAUAACAAACUAAAGAACUGAUUUAUGACAUUAAUAUGGAGGUAUUUUAAUUACUCACCGUGUGAGCAUGUGUGUGUUGGACUUGUAAAAGUGGACGAACCUUGAAAACUGUUUCAGGAUAGCUAAUUUUUAAAUGUUUGCAUUGCAUGCCCUUGCGCUUUUUCAUAUUAUGAAUGUUGCUUUCUCUUAUGCUUGAGUCUUAAGUUAGUGUAGCAUUAGAGUACAUUGAAGAAUAUACAUAUAUGCAUGAAAAUUGUCUGCCAUGUCAUCUGUAAUAAGAUGUGCUUAAUUCAUUGAUAGUUUAAGAUACUGUAAAAGUGUUGUUAGCCAGCAUGACAGUACAACUAGAUUCAUUUGUCCAGCAGACAAAACCAAAAAACAAAAUCUCUUCAGAAGGAUAGUUGUUUUGGAGUUGAAAAUUUACCGUUCUCUCCUCGAAGUGAAUGUUUUUUGUAUUCAGACUUCCUUAAAGUGUUAUGUAUCUCCAAAUGCAUUGUACAUUUGCUGCCACAUUUAAAUUAGUGUGUGGUGCAUAGUAAUACAGGUAUGUUUGUAAAGUACCAUUACUCUAAAUUGGCUGUGCUGACACAGAUCAUUGAGCAUCAAGCUUUAUCCAGGUUCAGUAUAUUUUUGUGUGUGCACUUCUUUUUGUCUUGUAUUACUGUAAUUUGUAGAGUGUUCUUUACACAUCUGUUUAUAUUUAAUGCUACACAGCUGUCAUUAUAUCACUUAAAACCACUAGGGUUUGGGAUGGAACAAUUAGAACUUGAGAAACAUGGGAAUUGUGGUUCUUGCAAGCCAUAGUGUUUUGGAACAGCUGUUUUACUGGUACAUGGAUUAAAUCAGUUAUGAAGAAUUAAAGUACCAUGUCAUUCUUACAGAGAAAAUGUUUUGUGCUAUAAUUUGUUGCGAUCUAACAGAGCUAAUCUUGUGUUUGAUGGCUGCUAACAAGAAUAUACCACUGAGUCUGGCUGAAUUUUAAAGCAAUUUUUAACAGCAUUAAUUUUUGACAACAUGCUUGUGUAAUGUCUUUCCUCCUCUAAAUAUAAUUUAUAAAAUAUAAACAUGAGUACAAUCAUAUCACAAAAUCUUGUACUAGUUUUAUAUUGUUUUCUAGGUGACUGUGAUCACCUUGUCUUCAAACUAAUCUGAAGAUGUAAGACAGAAUUUAAAUUUUGGCUUAUAUCUUAAAGUUCAUCGAGUUACAUUAUUGAUAGUCAUUAUAUCAGCCUGUUUCUCAACAAAAAAAAAAAAAGGAUGUGUGUGAAAGAGAAGCUGUAUAUACCAGUAUGCUAAGGUUCCUGCCUUAAACAUUGUAGAGUUAUAUAUUUUUUUUUUUCGGUUAAUUUGCAUGUUUACCAAAAGCAUUUUGAAAAUCAUUUCCUGCUACAGUUGUCAGAUAAAUAUUUUAGCAUUAUUUUGUUAGUUUUGCACAAAAUGAUGGGUUAUUCAUGCAUGAUAAAGUUGACAGGUGGAAAAAAAAUGUAGAUUCAUCUUGUGUCUUCAUCAGCAUGAUAAAGGCUUCAGAAAGAUAAAUAAAGUUUUAUUUGUAAGAAGGCA